AUGGACCUACAACAAACCCCUCCCCAGCAUUUGCUGCACUCAGGACACGAACUUCCGCCCGAGUUUGAAGAUCCUGUGGCAGGACAAGUCAAACUCUCCAGGACUGGUCGAGCUCUCUAUGUGCGUCCUGUAGCUGAGAUCGAUGGCGACGUUGAUCUGUCACGCGAAGAAAACAAUCAUGGUCUCUACUCAGCAUCGCGCACGCCAAUUUUAGGACCUCAGACCAGCAUCGGGCCCGAUGGCAGGCAGACCCAGCACAUCACUUUUCAGGAUAAGACGCGAAUUAAGAGUCGAGAUGGCGAAAAGGCUGGACGAUACCGAGAGACGAGAGCCAUACGGCUUCAUUCAGAGCGCGGCUACACGUUCUGGCGAUUCAAUGUCGAGAUCGAACUCACCAGCCGUCAAAGCCGGGUAGCGUAUCGCGUCAAUAAAGGCCCUGCCAUUGGCUUCUGGGUUCCUGCUCGAGGAGAGACGAUGAACAUCAUGUUCCACUCCUGCAACGGCUUCUCCUACACAGUCGAUAGCAACAAAUUCUCUGGUCCUGACCCGCUAUGGAGAGACGUUCUGAACCGCCACCAAUCGAAGCCCUUCCACGUCAUGAUAGGAGGAGGCGACCAAAUUUACAACGACGCUGCGAUGCAUCAGACUACGCUGUUCAAGGAGUAUUUGCAUAUCAAGAAUCCGCAAGCAAAGCACGAAGCAGAUUUCACAGUCGAGAUGCAGGAUGAGCUUGAGGAGUUUUACUUACAUAGAUAUGCAAUGUGGUUUAGUCAGGGUUUCUUCGGCAUGGCAAACUCACAGAUACCAAUGGUCAAUAUCUGGGACGACCACGACAUCAUUGACGGCUAUGGCAGCUACCCGCAUUCGUUCAUGAGCACCAGAGUAUUCUCUGGUCUGGGCGCCAUCGCAUUCAAGUACUACAUGCUCUUCCAGCACCAGUCUGUUCCUGCAGAAACUGAGCGAGAUGAGCCAUCGUGGUUGCUUGGCACAAGCCCCGGUCCAUACAUACAGGAACGCAGCCGCAGUCUGAUCAUGUCUCUAGGUCGAAAUAUCACCUUUCUGGGACUGGACUGUCGAACCGAGCGUAUGCGAGAUGAGAUUCUGAGCCAAGAGACAUACGACAUAGUCUUCGACCGGCUUCGAGCAGAGCUUGUCAAAGGCGAGACGAAACACCUGGUCGUGCUUCUUGGAGUACCGAUUGCAUACCCGCGGUUGAACUUCCUCGAGAACAUGCUUACGUCUCGAAUGAUGGACCCAAUAAAGGCGAUCGGCAGGACUGGAGCGCUAGGAGGGUUUGUCAACAAGUUUGAUGGCGGUGUAGAGAUUCUCGAUGAUCUGGACGAUCACUGGACCGCCAAGCAUCACAAGCAAGAACGGAACUGGUUCAUCCAGGAAUUACAAGAUCUGGCUGCCGAGAAGAGCGUCCGCGUCACCAUUCUAGGCGGUGAUGUCCACCUUGGUGCUGUUGGCCAGUUCUUCUCAAACCAGAAAUUAGGCAUUGCCAAGGACAAAGACCAUAGGUACAUGCCAAACGUCAUUUCCAGCGCAAUCGUCAACACUCCUCCUCCGACAAUGAUGGCAGAUGUUUUGAACAAGCGCAAUAAGAUCCACCACCUUGACGAGGAAACUGACGAAAACAUGAUUCCGAUGUUCAGCCACGAUGUCGAUGGAAGCAAGCGCAACAAUAACCACCUCUUGCCAAGAAGAAAUUUCUGCAUAAUCAGCGAAUACCUGCCAGGAUCGACUCCACCCGGUACGCCUUUACCCCAGCAUACUCAGGACCAGCGUCCUGCACAGUACUUCGAUGGCCAAGAUGAGGAGAAGCCCAAGGAUCGUCGCUUCCCGCCUGGAAGCAUGAAUCGGACGAUGAGCCUCACUCGCGGCCCUAUGAAUCUGGUCCGUAGGCUGAGCGGCUCCUCUAAGAAAGGACCACCACCAAUCAGCCUUGCUCCAGAUCAGAUACGCCCUGUCAAUGAAGAUGAUCGAAGACCGAGCUCCACUAUACAGCGAGCGAACAGCCUCUCCGCUACAGAUCGUGCCGCCGCGCCCUCGAGUCACUUUUCCGGAAGCUCUCCUCAGAACCCAGAAUUCGAGCGACCGACGUUCAGAAGACGUCCUACCAACUUCUCAGAAAAGGACGCUCGGCGCGCUUCAAAGGCUGCUGGGCACACCGAUGGCACUGUAGACGCUGAUUUCGGCCACAUUGAUCUGGAAGGCGGCCUCGAUAUUUCGCUCUGUAUGGAAGUCAACCAGCACGAUCCUUCCGGCGUUACUGUCCCAUACCGCCUCCUCGUACCUGCCUUGUCAUACCAAGGCUCAGGCGAUCCAAAUCCUGCU